AUCGAAGAUCGAUGUGAAUCCGUGGAAGGGAGGGCGGAGGAGAAGGAAGAAGAGGGGUCGAGGCCGAAUCCGCCGGUGAGAAGGGGAGCGAUGGCGAGGCUGGCGGUGGCCGCGAGGGCGUUCUCCGCUGCGGCCUCCGGCGGCGGCGUGUCCUUGGUGCAGGGGGCGUCCCGGGGGAUCGGCCUCGAGUUCGUGCGGCAGCUGCUGCGCAGAAGCGAUGGAGGCCGCGUCGUCGCUACGUGCCGCACGCCGGGUUCCGCGGCCGAGCUCCAGAAGCUCAGGGAGGAGCACGCGCCCGGGCGCCUCACCGUGCUGCCGCUCGACGUCACCGACGAGAGCACCAUAGAGGCAGCUGCGGCCUCAAUCACGGAGACCCACGGUUCUCUUGACCUUCUGAUCAACUCCGCCGGCAUCCUCUCGAUCCCGAACGUGAUACAGCCAGAGACUACGCUAAGCAAGGUUCAGAAGUCGUCCCUGAUGCUGGCAUACGAGGUGAACGCAGUCGGCCCUAUCCUAGUGAUCAAGCACAUGUGGCCUCUGCUGAAGAUCGGAGGCCGCUCCGAGACUAGGAGAGGGUUCGCGCUUGUUGCAAACAUGAGCGCUCGAGUCAGCUCCAUAGGAGACAACGCUCUGGGUGGCUGGCAUGCGUACAGAGCUUCUAAAACAGCGCUGAAUCAGUUGACCAAGACAGUGUCGGUGGAGUUCGGCAGGAAGGACAACAUCGCCUGCGUCCUGCUGCAUCCUGGAACCGUGGACACCGACCUCUCGAGGCCGUUUCAGAGGAAUGUCCCCGAGGGUAAACUCUUCACGAGGGAGUUCUCUGUGCAGAGGCUUCUCUCCGUCAUCGACAGCGUCAAGAAAGGCGACAACGGCAAGUUCUUCGCGUGGGAUGGCCAAGAAAUCCCUUGGUGAACGGUCAUCGUAACUCGCUUGAGUCUAUAGCACAGCACACAGCAGUCAACAACGCCCCUGGUUUUAAUCCAACGUUGUUUUUUUUUCAACAAGCCAAGCGAACAGAUGCAUUAUUUCUAGCUAAAGGGUCCUCUUUUUGUGUUAUCACCGACCUAAAGUUCAAGAUGUUUUUUUUCUUCUUCUAAGUGUUGAAAUAUUAGACAUUUUUAAAUCAAAUUCUGAAUAUAAAUCAUGACUAAAUCAAAAGAACUGAAGUAUAAAG